UGUGGUUGACGCCUCAGAAACGGUGAUUUCGACGUCGAAGUUGAUAUCGUCCUCCUCCUCGUAACCAUGGGGAACAUGACCUCUAGUAACAUUGAAGGAUGGGAUAUCGCAGUUAUUUGUAUUCACUUUGUUGUUGUAUUCUCACUAGGAAUCUGGGCAUCAUGGGGAGGUGGAAAGGAUUCUACAAGCGGCUACUUCCUGGCAGGUCGAAAUAUGCCAUGGUGGCUGGUUGGGCUUUCGUUAUACGUCACCAACAUUGGUAGUUCAUCUUUCAUUGGUAUGGCAGGAACUGCUGCGGUGUCUGGUAUUGCAGUCAUCGCUUAUGAAUACUACGCAUUGGUCUGUUUGCUGCUCCUUGGUUUUGUAUUCAGUCCGGUCUAUUUUGCUUCAGAGAUAUCGACGGUGCCGCAAUAUCUAAAGAAACGUUUUGGAGGAAACCGGUUGCAAACUUUCAUCUCAGUCAUUAACCUCAUCGUUGCUGUUAUUAUGAUGCUAGCGGGUGAAAUGUAUGGUGGUACUAUUGUAAUCCAGACCGCUCUUGGAUGGAACGUGUAUACGUCUGUGAUCUCUCUCCUUUUAUUGACGGCUAUUUACACGGUAGCUGGUGGUCUAAAGGCCGUCAUCUAUACUGACGCUCUCCAGGCCGUCAUCAUGAUCAUUGGUGCUUUUGUUCUUAUGGGAAUAUCGAUAGCAGAGAUUGGUGGCAUCGGAAACCUUCGUUUACUUUACAUGACUGCUAUACCAAACACCACCCAGAUCUAUGGCAAUACAACGUGUGGGAUCCCACAGGAGGAUACAUGGCAUAUCUUCAGGGAUGCCAAGUCGGGUGAUAUUCCUUGGCCAGGACUCAUCUUCGGUAUCUUCAUACUGGGACUCUACUUCUGGUGCUCCAACCAGGUCAUUGUUCAACGGACUCUCUCUGCAAAGAAUGUUACCCAUAGCAAAGCAGGAUGUAUCCUGACUGGAUAUUUCAAGAUCCUACCUAUGUAUCUAAUGAUCUGGCCUGGGAUGAUAAGUAGAUCACUGUGGCCUGAUGAAGUGGCGUGUGUGGAGCCGGGGAUAUGUGAAAAAGUAUGCAGUAAUCCAGCUGGUUGCGGGGACAUCGCCUACCCAAAAUUGGUGGUCAACCUCAUGCCAACUGGUGCUAAAGGACUUAUGUUGGCUGCAAUGUUAGCUGCAUUGGUCAGUACUCUAACAUCAAUCUUCAAUGCAGCUAGUUCCAUGUUUGUUCUGGACAUUUGGGUGAAGGUUCGUCCAACCUCUACAGAAUUAGAGAUGGUUAUCGUUGGAAAGCUUUGUACAAUUAUCUUCAUGAUCGUAGGGGUUCUAUGGCUACCAGUCAUCCAAUCUUAUGGUUCUGGAGGAAUAGUCUACUAUGUUCAGUCUAUCUUGUCUUACCUUUCACCGUCAGUCUUUGCAGUCUUCACAGCAGCUAUUGCAUGGUCCAGAAUCAACGAAAAGGGUGCAUUCUGGGGUUUGGUGAUUGGCUUUACAACUGGUUUUACCCGGGCGAUCAUGGAGUUCGUCUAUGGCAUACCAACCUGCCUCGAGGAAGACACCAGACCAGACGUCCUCAAGAACUUUCAUUUCCUGCACUUUGCAGCAUUCCUAUACGCGUUCACACUCAUCCUGAUUGUCUGUAUCAGUCUUAUGACCGACCCGAUCCCACCGACAAAGUUGGUUAGAUUGACUUUCUGGACCAGACAUUCGACACUUCCACGGGAGCCGAUGUCAAAGGAGGAGGAAGAAAGAGAGAAGGAACACGAUGCAGUUAGGAAAGAGAAAAAAAUGGAGUCUGAUCUAAAGUACAAGAAUCGAACAGGAUUAAAAUGGAAAGCUUGGUCCAUCCUUUGCGGCAUAAGCGGCUCACCAAUGGACGAGGAUGCCGAAAUAGAGGCAGAGAAGCAAGCUAAGGCCGUAGCAGAGAAACAAGCAUUGGCUGCUGAUGACCCAAAGUGGGAAAAAUUUGUAGCUUUCAACGGUGUUCUCUUGGCUGGACUUUGCGUCUUUGUAUUUGGAUAUUAUGCUUAGGUCGUUUUCCUUUAGCUACGUACAUACUAAGUAUUUGAAUCGUUAGUAACCAUUACCGGAGGGGGGAGGGGUUUGUUGCACUUCCAUGCUUACGAUUUUUCAAGCAGUGAAACAGAAAAGGGAAGAAAAAUAUUUACAAAAGCGAAAGUAUAGGAUGCUUGGUCGUGUCGAUUUUCCCCCCCCCCAUAACUUCCACCAAAUGAAUGUCAUUACUUAAAGCGAUAACCUGUAAACUUAAGAUGAAAAUUGAUAAAGUGGACUGACUAAGCCUACCAUAAGGGUUAAUAUGGAAAAGGGGUAUAUAGAAUAUCUACUGAUUAGAAAGUGUGUAGGCCUAAGUAAUUAUGAUGACCUUAGCCUAUGAUUCUUUCUGCGUAUGAAGUGGCGUACUGUGGGUCACCAGCAUUUUUUUUAGAUACCAGUGGGCGCACAAAGCGCCCACUCUUUCCCCAGGUUAUUGACCUAAAGAGACAUUUUAAAGACUGUGCCAUUAAACGGAUAUGUAUCUCACUUAUGAAAUAAUGCGAGCGCAAAGUGCGAGCUGAAAAUUUUUGAUAUUCAGACCUAAAAAGGGACAAUUUUUGUAAUUAUGAUACGUGCCUGUAUCAAUAAACAAACAAUGUGAGCGCGAGCUUAAAUUUGUGUAUAUACAUUGACCCCAAAACAGGGACAUUUUAAAGACUAUUUUUGAGGAAUCCAUUAUAAGAGUGUACAUAAUUAUCCUACCCUAGUCAUCUAAUGCGAGUGCCAAACGCUUGCGGAUUUUGUUAGAAAUUACAUAUAAGCACAUGAAGCAUUUUUUGUAGUAAUUGAAAUCAUGAUUAACAUACGCAUCUCAAACAUUGCUAGUGCGAGCUGAAAAUUUAGGAAUUUCAGACCUGAAGAGGGGCAUGCUAAGGCUUGUUUGUAGGAAUUCACGAAGAACAUGCGUAUUCCACUAACCAAACGAUGCCAGCGCGAAGCGUGAGCUGAAAAUUGUCGAUAUUCAGAUCAGAAAAGGGACAUUUUAAGGACUAAUUUAAG